GCCAGCGUGGAGUGUUGAUAUUUUCUUGUUCUUCAAUCCUUGUCGUUUUAUUACAUAUUUAACCAACAUGGGUCGACGGUCAAUAAACACCACAAAGAGUGGGAAGUUUAUGAACCCCACAGAUCAAGCACGAAAGGAAGCAAGAAAGAGAGAGUUGAAAAAGAACAAGAAGCAACGUCAGAUGGUGAGAGCUGCAGUAUUGAAAGGAAAAGAUCCAAGGCAGUUAAUUCAAGAAAUGGAAAAAUUAGAUGAAAUGGAAUUCAACCUUGAGCAGCCUCCAUCUUUAAAUGAAAAAGUUUUAAAAGAUAAAAGGAAAAAACUGAAAGAAACAUUUGAAAGAGUGUUGAGGCUUUAUUAUAAAGAAGAUCCAGAAAUGUUUGAUCAGCUGAAAGACAUAGAAAAAGAUUAUGAUAAAAGAAGAGUUCAACAAAGCAUUUAUUUUGAUUCUGUCCGAAGUGCACAGCAAGUUAAAGUUGAUGAGAUUCCCCUGCCAGAUAUGCCUCAAAAUAUGCCAUCAAUUCCAAGUCAGAUCCCACUGCCAAGUGAUAUUCCAACGUUACCACCAUCAAUUUUGAAGAAAAAGUCAGCGUACAGUAAAAAGCCACCAGGGCCACCACCGGGUUUACCUCCAGGGGUUCCACCUGGUAAAGUGCCACCGGGUCCCCCACCUGGUCCUCCUCCUGGUCCACCAAUGAUGUCCCUACCAUCUACUGCUGGGUCAUCUUUUGUAGAAGAUAUGGAAGCUGAAGAUAGCAUGAUGGAUCGCCACGAGAGUAACAGUGAUGGUAGCAAUGCUGACAUGGAACAUCUUGAUAGUGACAGUGACAGCGACAGUGACAGUGACGAAUCAAUUGAUGAUGAUGACGAUGAUGAUGAUGAUGAUGAUGAGAAAGAUAAAGACUAUGAUCCAUCAGAUACUUUAUACACAGAAGAAGAUAUAGCUGGUAUGAAAAUUAUGAUAAAUAUUCUCCUCCCUAUCUUCCCUGAAAGAUAUUCCAGCCCAGGUACUAAGCCACUUAUGUCACAAAUAAUACCCUCCCCACAAAUACAACCACCUGGUGCACCUCCUGGUCCUCCUGCUGGCCCACCACCUGGGCCGCCUCCUGGUUUGCCACAGAAUUUCCAAGCAGGUGUACCACAACCACAGUUUUCUCGACCUCCACCAAUGAGAGGGGUUCCCCCAAGAAUGCUGCCACCUGGACCACCACCUGGUAGACCAACUGGAAUGCCUCCAGGGCCACCACCUGGGGUACCCCCUCUGAUGAGACGUGCUCCUCCCAGGAUGAUGCCUCCAGGUCCACCUGGAAUACCUCCACCUGGUGGCCCACCACACCGAGGUAUGCCACUCCGACCACCAGGGGUUGGGCCACCACCUGGACCACCCGGACCACCUGGAGUGCCACGCCUACAGAAUCCUAAUGUAUUAAGUGCGCCACCAAGCAUCAACCGGCCACCACAGAAACAUGAAGAUUCUGCAACUAUUGAAAAGAAAGCAACCACAACCAUCAGUGCUAAGCCUCAAAUUCGUAACAUGCAAGCUGAAGUGACAAGAUUUUUACCAACAUCAUUACGAGUGAAACGAGAACCAAGGAGUAAGCAAGCACCAGCAAUAAAAACUACAACAUCGUCUCUUGGAACACUAAGAGAUGAACCCUUGGGUUCAGUGGAGAAAACUAUGAAACCCACAGUAACCGCGGCAACCAAAGAUGAUGCUUAUGACCAGUUCAUGAAGGAGAUGGCAGGAUUCUUAUAACUUAUUGUAUAAGAUUAUUACAGAAAUCAUGUAUUCUUUGCAUGCAACAUAAAAUGAAUUUGGAUUUAGGUAUCUGUUCAUUUGUUAGUUUAUUCUGGUAGUUAAAUUCCAUGCUAUAGGCAGUAAAAAUUUAUCAAGAGGAGCACACUUACCUUUUUAGCUGUAAAAAUACAAAUGCUGGAACUCUCAUCCAUACUUGUCUUUUUUCCUGUAGAGCCAAAUUUUCGUCUGUGAUAUAAAUAACAAAUUUGGAGCAAGUUGCCAAUGCUAUUUAGGCAACAAUUUAUGCAUGUGCACUGCUUCCGUCUUGAGAACACUUUGCUGAAUACAUGUAAUUUAUUAUUUUGAUAACUGCGAUGAAAUUUCAAUCUCAUUUUAUGUGAUACCAGAGCUAUUAAAACAUUUUCACUACUCAAAUGGCUUUUUGAAAACAUUAUUGCGCCCUCUAUGUUCAAGUACUAAUAUGACUUUUUCUUGCGUAUAGAAUAUCUUUCUACAGUUCUUGGAAAAAAUAGUAUCAAGUAGAAAAUACAUUCUCACUUGAAUGUUGUAUUGUAUUUAAACUGUCCCAAAUCAGGAAAUAUUACAAGCAAUUUGCACUUGUCAGUUAAGAAUGAAUUCCAUCUAAAUUACUUUUGUCCCGCGUGUAAGGAACAAGAGAAAGACUGGACUAUCUGUUAAGCUGACUUAGUCAGAUCAACAAUCAGGUCUGUCAAUGCAAAUUUUUAUUUCUAAGGCUCUGUAUAUGUGUAUUUUUUAUCUUAAAAUAAAGUACUUUAA